GCACUCAAAAAACAGCAAGCACAGUAAAAAGCGAAGCCGCUCUCAAUCAAGGCCCCGGGACAAAGACAAGAAGAUGCGCUCGAAGUCCCGAGAGGCCAAAAGGAGUCGCAGGAGAGAGUCGCGCUCUCGGUCCAGAUCAAACACGGCCACGUCUCGCCGGGAAAAGGAAAGAGCCGUCUCGCCGCCUGAGAAAAUCGAUAUUUUCGGCAGGGCGUUAAGUAAGAGGAGUGCUGUAGAUGAAAAGCAGAAGAAAGAGGAAGAAGAGAAGAAAGCCGAAAUGGAAAGACAGAGGAGAAUUCGACAGCAGGAGAUAGAGGAGCGUCUGAUUGAGGAGGAGACGGCACGACGCGUAGAGGAACUUGUGGCCAAACGUGUGGAGGAGGAACUGGAAAAGCGAAAGGAUGAGAUUGAAAGAGAAGUGUUGCGGCGGGUGGAGGAGGCCAAACGCAUCAUGGAGAAGCAGUUGCUAGAGGAGCUGGAGAGACAGAGACAAGCAGAACUGGCUGCUCAGAAAGCUCGGGAGGAGGAAGAGAAAUCAAAGCGUGAAGAACUGGAGAAGAUUCUGGUGGAGAACAAUCGCAAGAUAGCCGACGCUCAAGCUAAACUGGCAGAGGAACAACUACGAAUAGUUGAAGAGCAGAGGAAAAUACACGAGGAGCGUAUGAAGUUGGAGCAAGAGCGACAGAAACAGCAGAAAGAAGAACAGAAGAUCAUUUUGGGGAAAGGGAAGUCGAGGCCUAAACUGUCUUUCUCUUUAAAGGCCUCUGAGUGAUGAAAACAGUGUGGCCAGGAUUACUCCAGACUUUCUCCAGACCACCUCUCCUCGUGAGGCAUUUGAGCUGCAACACAAGUUGUUCUUCUUAGGUCUCAUGUGGUGUGUUUCAAAUUCUUAAGAACAAUGGGAACAAUCAGUUUGUCAAAUACCCUUCAGUCUUUUUUCCUCUUUCACCUGUCUGUUUUGUAUUACUGACUCUUGUAUCGAUAGCCACCACUUGUCCUCCAGGUAAUCUCUGCAAACUCAUUUGGUGCAUUGUACGAGUAGGGUAAAAAAAAGGUCUGACCUGACCCCCUCAUCCAAACAUACGUCAUGGUUUCCAGUUUCACUAAUUCAAGACCUCAAAAGAUUCUCCUGGCUGAUUUGAAGUAUUU